GCCAUUAAGCUGAAGUAUGCGCAAGGCAUUGUGGCGUUAUUCCCGUACCUGGAGGAUCCAUUGUCCAAGCAUGGAUAUGAACACUUUUAUGAUCCUGCAUCAGGCUCCGGCUACAUUUCAUGGCGUCUCAAAACAGUGCAAUGGAGUCUGUCUGAUCACUCAAGGACAGUAGCAGCAGCAGAAGAUGACAGCAGUGGUGGGCCAAAGGCUGCAAGACCCUCAGCUUCUCCAAUACAACAGUUGACGGGGCAGGAGUGUGUAGAGGCUCUAUCUAUGAUGAACCAUUCAGCUGAUGAUGCAGUAGUUCGAGAGAAGAUGAUGGCCACUUUUGAACACCGGCAGAAACUUGUCCAUGAUCCCGACACAUCUGUGGAUGUCCUCGAAACGUUCCCAAGAUUUCUUGACAUACCUGGCCUUAUUGAGCAGGACUUCCUUGCUCUUUUUGGACCUGAGACAUCUGGGAAGUUCCUGGCGAAGUGGACAACAUACUUCAGACCACAAAUCAUUGAAGAUGCCAAAGGGCUGGUAUCCACUGCACAUGUCGAAGAGCUUCUUAGAUCUGCCCAAGGCGAUGGUGGAUGGGACAUUGAUAUCGCUUCAUUAUGCCUGCUGCUGCAUCUCAUUCCACCAACAUCGAAGGGUCACAAGAAAUCUGCGAAAAUCAGUGCACUCCAGGCAGAGGAUUACUUGGUGCGAUAUUUGCAGGCUGGUACAAGCAUGCAGAUUUUCCUGUCCAGCCUGGAACCAUCUCAGCCCUUCAUGCUCUGCGUCGGGGAACAGAAAAACAAGAUCCACAAGUUCUACAUCAUCGUUGACAACCAGGUAAUACCAUGCAAAGCACAAACAUCAGUAGCUGCAUUUGACGAACUGUUCAAGGCACACUUUGUUUUCGGGACGUCAUAUUGUGAGGCACUUGAUGGUUUUUACUGCUUCAUUCAAACAGCUGUGUACAAUAUCGAUAUUGGCAAGACAAAAGAAAAUCCGAGAGUCAGGGAACUGAGGGCCAGAUUUCUCAACAUGAAAAAGUAA